UAUCUGAGCGCACUGUCGACUUGUUGCUGAAAGAAUCUCAAUUCAGGCAGGAUGAAAGGAUUCUUACUUGCUUUGCUUAUACUUUUGAAUUAUUGCAUUUGCGAUAAUGUGCAGAACUUUGGUGGAGACAUCAGGGACUUUGUAGUUGGUAACAGUAAAUUGUUUGUUCUUACCGACCGUCGACUACAUCAGAUGAGACACGAUCUAUCUCUGGAAACGACAAAGGAUUUUACUGCAACACUCCCAAACACAGUUACACUUUUGGUGCCUUUUGAGGCGAACGACACCCUGAUUACAUGCGGAACAUCUAACGGUGGAUACUGUGAAGUUCUUGAUCUCAGUAAUAUUACAAACAGAAUUCACUGGGAACACAAAUCCAGUGUACCACAGACAAAUGAGAAAUCCAUAGCAUUCAUAGUGGACAGCAGCCCUAAUAACAGCCCUAAUGGUGCUUACCUGUUGGUUGGGAGGAAGGACGAUACUGCCAAUAAAAUGCAUACGAUUGUCACCUUGUGGAGCACUUUAGAUUCUCAACCAGGCUCUAUUUUCUCUCCAUCAGACGACGGAUCAACUCCCUUCAUUCGUACAGAAAGAUACGUAGAGUUUGUAGAUGGGUUUCAGAUCAAACUCUUGUACCUGUUUCUCAAUGCAAAGACUGAGUCCGGUUGGCAAGCGUUUGCCCUCAGGCUCAAUAACCCCAAAAGAAAGAAGAAAGACAUUCUGAAGAGCAUAACUGGAACAAUGUUAAAAUGCUGUAGUGAUAAAUCUCGUCCUGUCCUCGUCGCAUCAGCUCUUAUUUCUUCAGAUAAAGCUUUGAUCUGGACAGGUGUCUUCAGGGCGCAAAAUAAUCCAGAGGACACCGCGCUCGCAGUUUAUGACCUCAGUAAUGUUGAUGGUAAAGUUAAAGAUUUCUGCUUCACCGGCAAGACAUGUAAGCUUAGUUCACAGGUAAGGGAUGUAGCAGUAGUUUUCAAAUACAAGUCAAUGAGUUCAGUAGCAGCAGAUAGGAGUGAAUCUUGGAUUGUGCUCUUCAUUGGAACCAAAGAUGGACAACUGAUAAAGGUUGUGUUGGAUGAGAGUUUCAGUCCAGGCUGUCCCACAGUGCUGUACAGAUCUGAUGAUGAUCAAAAAGUGCUUCCCAGGAUGCAUUUAGAUCCAGUAGAUAACAAACAUAUCUACAUAGCUCUGAAAAAACAAAUUAGAAGAGUGUCUGUGGUUCAAUGUGUUAAACACAACUCUCUGAAAGACUGCAGAGCUGCGCUGGAUCCUCUCUGUGGUUGGUGUGUUGAGACACGCAGAUGCUCCACCCAGGAUGAAUGCUUGAUCUCCUCAUGGAUAUCCUUCCCAAAUAACUCCCUUCAGAAACCUCUGCUGUCUUUUCAGGUGGCAGAGAAAUCCUCUAGAGAGAUGACUCUACAUCUCACCUUGAGUUUGGACAGCACACGAAUUCCUGCUAUCUUUUCAUGUACAUUCACCACAGCGGGUGUAAACUUGUGUGAUAGAUCUGAUCCUGCUGCAGUUUUUCCAAACUGCUCCUGUGAUUUUUCAGACCAGCGUCUGUCUAGUUUGAAGAUUUUAGCUUCAGUUACUGUUGGGAAUCAGAAGAUCACAGAGACCCUGAUGCUGAAUAACUGCCCCACUAUUACAGAUAAUUCACCAGUGGCUUCUUAUGGUCAUGUGAUCAGACCAAUCAGCACGAAGAGGUGUGUGCAGUGCGUCUCAGCUGGAUGUCAUUGGUCCUCUUCUGUCAAGUGUUGUGACUGGACACAGGGACCUGAACCACAAUUACAGAUACAGGAUGUUUGCAAAGAUGUACACUAUGAUACAGACUACAAAAAGCCAGAGAUUUUCUCUAUAGAGCCGAACAGAGUUUCUUUCCAUGGCAGAAACAAUGUUUUACUAACAGGAAGCAACCUGGAAUCUGUCACUAAAAUCCGUAUUCAAGGGGAUCUGGACUGCUUUCCAAAAGAGUCUCCUGUGUUUGGUCUUUCGAGUGACAGUCUAAGGUUCCACGUUCUUCCCAGUGAAACUAAAGGAACAGCAAAAGUGUGCGCUGUUACUGAGGAUGACCGUUGUCAUGGUAACAGCAUCAUCACUUACAGUUCCCAACCCAGCUGCACAGGAAUACAACCCAAAGUCACCUGGAGAAGUGGUGGAAGGAAGAUUCACGUACAGGGAAACAAUAUGGAGUUUGUGGAAUCAAUCAUUGUGCAUCCCUCCAAUAAAGAGAUCAAAACACAAUACAACACAAGCUCAAAGGAUUUAUGGUUUUACACCCACCCUUAUGAUGGCAAUGGUCUCAUUCAUUUGAUGUUGAAAGUUGGAAACGUCAUUUUAGACUGUGCUAGUUUGACCCACCACCCUGAUCCAGAGUUCAUUGGAUUUACAGCUGCACCCAUGGACAAUAAUGUACUGGUGAUUAUAAAGAAAAAAGCAGAUAAGUUGAAUUUGAGUAUGAAUGAGGUGAAGGUGUCUGGUCUACAGGGCGAUGAUGAAUAUGAGUGUGUUCUGGAAAAUAUUUCUUCUCAAACCAUUACAUGUUUGAUUAAAGGAGCCCUGAUCUCAGUUGACUCUGUUACUAUCAGGGUUGGAAAAUCGUUCAGUCUUACGAUGAGACAAAGCAGUUCAAAAUAUUCGUUUUGCAUUAGACCACAGGAGGACACAUCUGAUUAA